UAGCUCAGUUAGCAACCAGUCAAAGCGUCUUUCACAGAGUGUGUGUGUUUACAGCCAGAGAAGCAACGAGAGACGAAUGUAGUUAUAAGAGCGAUUAGAAACCACAGAUAAGCUCGUGUGUUUCGCUCAGCGUGUGCUUUUGGGGGUUAAUCGAGCAGUCCCUCGCAUUGUUUCUUGCUGCAUGUGCUAAUUAGCUAGCGCAGCACUAACUGAAGAACUCACAGCGAGCGAGCGACGCGUUAAAACUACAACGACCCCGUUAACGGCUGAUUUGCUGGGUUUAACGCGAUUAUAAACCGUUCACAUCAUUAACGCGCUCUUCUGUCGCUUCUCUUUCCCUGAGCUGUUUCUCACGGACUUAAUAAACAACAAGAGAGAAAAUAAUUCAAAGAAACGAGACUGAAGUCAAUCGCGAAGUGCUCAAGAUCCGGUUUUCCUCAACUGAAUGUUUUUUCUCUCCUAAAAACACGUUAAUUUAUUUAUUCAUUCAUUUUACAGAGUAAUUUAGACUUUACGUGUCACUUACGGGUAUUUCAGUGAAAUGGUCCUAAAUAACCGCUGUUACCGUGACGUCAGCGGGGUAGUUGAUUGGCUUUGACGUCAUCAGGUGUUUUGAGGAUUUUGGGUGGUUUGUGGACCGAACGCUGUGCUGUGACCCUCACUCUCUCGUUCGGCGUGUUGUGGCUGUAGCUGGUCUCACUGAAGAACUGCCAGUCGAUGGCUCUGAUGGACAAACACAAAGUGAAGCGGCAGAGACUGGACCGCAUCUGUGAAGGCAUUCGACCACCCAUCCUCAAUGGCCCCAUGCACCCUCGUCCUCUGGUGGCGCUGCUGGAUGGCCGGGACUGUACGGUGGAGAUGCCCAUCCUGAAGGACGUGGCCACCGUGGCCUUCUGUGAUGCCCAGUCCACCCAGGAGAUCCACGAGAAGGUCUUAAACGAGGCUGUUGCUGCUUUGCUCUACCACACCAUCACGCUCUCGCGAGACGACCUGGACAAGUUUAAAGGUCUUCGGGUCAUUGUGAGGAUUGGCAGUGGGUUUGACAAUGUUGAUAUAAAAGCUGCAGCAGAGCUGGGUAUAGCAGUGUGUAAUGUGCCAGCCUCGUCUGUGGAGGAGACGGCAGACACCUCAAUGUGUCUAAUUCUGAAUCUGUACCGCCGCGUCACCUGGAUGCAUCAGGCUCUGCGCGAGGGCACCCGCGCCUCCAGCGUGGAGCAGAUCCGGGAGGUGGCAGGAGGCGCAGCGCGCAUUCGAGGGGAAACAUUGGGCAUCAUUGGACUGGGUCGUGUUGGUCAAGCGGUUGCUCUGAGGGCGAAGGCCUUUGGGUUUGGAGUGAUCUUCUAUGACCCGUACCUGCCGGAUGGGGUGGAGCGGUCACUAGGGCUCCAGCGCAUGGCCACACUACAGGACCUGCUCAUCCACUCGGACUGUGUGUCGCUACACUGCAGCCUCAACGAGCACAACCACCACCUCAUCAACGACUUCACCAUCAAACAGAUGCGUCAGGGGGCUUUCCUGGUGAACACGGCGCGUGGCGGUCUGGUGGAUGAGAAAGCUCUGGCCCAGGCUCUGAAAGAGGGCAGGAUACGAGGAGCAGCCCUGGACGUCCAUGAGACAGAGCCCUUCAGUUUCUCUCAGGGCCCACUAAAGGAUGCCCCAAAUCUUAUCUGUACCCCACACACAUCCUGGUACAGUGAACAGGCCUCCAUCGAGGCCAGAGAGGAGGCGGCGCGGGAGGUGCGCAGAGCCAUCACUGGUCGUAUCCCAGACAGUCUGAAGAACUGUGUGAAUAAGGAGUAUUUGAUGGCCGCCUCUCAGUGGCCGUCUAUGGAGGCCACCACCGUGCACUCUGAACUCAACGGAGCUGCAGCCUAUAGGUUCCCAGCAGGGCUGAUUGGUGUAGCAGCGGGCGGGCUGCCUGGAGCCGGGGCAGGAGUGGAGGGCAUUGUGGCUGGAUCUCUGCCCCUGGCCCACGCCAUCGCCCCAGUCUCACAUCCGCCUCACACCCCGUCGCCCGGGCAGCCCUCCAAGGCCGAGGCGGACAGAGACAUCCCCUCCGACCAAUAGCAUCCCAGCACAUUCCAUCUUUGCCCUGAUCGAUGCCCUUUCACCUCACCCGGGGGGGACUGACACCCCUGCUUUCGAUGUGACCUUGGGUCACCCCAGUCCAACAGAACAUGUGUACAAACCCAGGAGUGAAACCCUCUACCCCGAACGUACCCCUUAUUUCCACUCGCUGUAUCCUCUGUUGUAUACUUUGGCAGAAAGCAAUAACUUCUCUCAAGGAUUCAAUAAUUGGGUUGAUACACACUAUUUCUACGCGACGAAAUCCCAGUUCCUUUGCUUUGUUGGAGUUUGUUUUCCGAGUAGUGUUUCUUACAUUUCUGUUCUUUUCUUUUCCGUUUUAACAGCGUGGAAAUAAACAAAUGGACCUUGUUUUUUUAUUCCUUAGUCCCCUGCCCAUUCUCCUCCUAGCAUACAUUUGUAAAACCCUCUCAACCUGUCCCAUCUUAGCAAACGUGUGAUCAUCCAAACACAGUAGCAGCUGGCUGACGUCUUUGAUUCAAUUCAGCAGCCAGCAGCGAUUUAUUUCACGGCUGGUGUUCGAUAACAGAGAUCAAGGCUAAAGGUUGUGCCCCGUGGCUAAGAGUAACAGUCCAUGGGAAGAGCUCAGAUGUUUCACGUUCCUCUCACUCUCUCUUCAUGUGGAAGGCAUCUUCUAGAGUUGUCCGGUUUCUCUCUCUCUCUCUCUUCUGCAGGAGCCACGAGAGCUUCACCCCCAGAGCUGUUGGGGGUUAAAUCACGCGCUCCACUUAAGUCACAAGAUUUACAGCGUCCGUAACGCCUGAGGUCUGCGUAAGUGUCAUACGUGAGAUUCCAUCGUCCUGUGAUGGCCGCAUUCAUUUUAUUUUGUGUGCUGCUUUGUGAACCGCUUGAUGAUGAUGAUGAUGGGAAAUCACUCACAGGCAGCCAGCUUCAUAAAUGAAAGUUUCAAACAAAGCCAUAUUUAUGCGGUGUAUAACAUUGCUGGUUUGAGACACACCUUAAACCUACCUUCUAAAAGACAAAAGAGGCUCAUUUCACAAUGUUUGCGUGCGACAUUGACCUCCGCUUGGCUCAUACUGAGAUCCACCAUAGCUAAGCUGGUAACAUUGGCACCUUUUUUAAUUCGUAGCCGUUUGAAAAACGGUUAUUUGCCUUGUUUUCCAUAUCUUCUCUCUGUCCUGGAUUAUCUCUUGCUGUACUUCCUCCUUGUGCCUCCUUUUUCCGAUUAGGCCUUCUCUUUGUGACCCGGCGAGGCACGCUUGUCCACCCUUCGCCCACUUGUCCUCCAUCAGUUCCCAUAAAAUCACUGUGUAGCGCAUCCGCCCGUCCCGUCCGGCCCUUCCUCCUCCCCACAAGGCACUUAAACUCUUAACAUGUUUUCAUACCGGCCUGACAAACAAACCGACCUUCAGCCGAGCUGUGUUCUGGAGGCUGCAGUACCAUUGAAGGCCAGCAGGUGGCGACGACUCACAUCCCCCUCAGGUUCACGGCUGAUUGAUUCAUCCCUGCUCAGCCGUUUCUUGCACAGAGAGCCUCGUGAAGGUUUAGAAGAGAUUCAGACAGACCUGUUGUGGGCCGCACCAUCUGUCGCUCAUCGACGACACUCUUCCAGAUUCUCAGGACGGGUUAAAGCAGGUCAUUUACCCAGAGUCGGCUGUCUUCUAUGAUCUCAGCCUUCGUUUUCUCUUGCGUCUUCACCGUUUAGAGCACAGGAGAUAAGGUGGAAAGAAUGUAAAAGCUGGGUCACUGGAACGCUGGUUGCUUUCCAAAGAGUGUCUCGGGAAGAUAAAGGCCUUUCUAGUACCUCAGUAACAGAUAUUGAAUGUAUGCUCAAAUCUUUCUCGCUUUGUACAGCUUUUUUUUAGAUGAUAGGUUCUAUUUCUGAAGGGGUGUGUAUGCGUCUGCAUGUAUGUGACUGUGUGCGACUGCUUAUCCAGUGCAUCAGUUAUUCGCAAAUGACAAAAUGAAGCCGGUUUGUUUUCUUCCUCCAAGCAUAGGAUGUCUGUUGUAUUGUUUCAUUUAGACGUAGAUUGAAACUCAGGCUUUAGCUUUAGGAAGUCCUUGAUCUGUGAUUUUUGUAGUUCUUUGUCUAAAGGAGCACAGUUUCUUGCUUCGUCGAGAUGUAUGCUAAUAAACGGAGGAGGUUUGAAAGUCUUGCUAGCUGCAAACAGGCCGUUUUUGAUCGCCGUCGUAAGUGUCCCUAACGGUGGAUUUAAUGCAUGAUAAUGAGAUGUUCGAACCUAUCAGGCCCCUCCCACUCGCGUCCCCAUUGGCCACGUGUUGAUGUCGCAGCUUUUCCUAGACUGAAGUGAUGCCCUUUAUUCUCAAGACCCUAAAGUUUCUCUGUACUACAGCGUUUUUCAAUGUUUUUCGAGUUUCUUCUAGCAUUAUCGUGGUGUUUCUUUGCCAUCAGCAUCAUCCAGCUUUGGUAUGAGAUGUGCACUAUGUGUUAAAACCAAGAAACGAGACGUUUUGAUCUAGUUUGUGUCAUUCAGUGUUCAACGUGUUAUAUUGAAACAUUUCAAGAUGAGUCUUGUUCGAUACUUUCACCCUCAGUUUCCCGUCUGAAGGCCGUCUUCGUCCUGUGCUCCCCUUAAUGUCAUAGAUUGUGGUGGGACCCCCGACCUCUCGUCUUUUCCCCGCAAACACACAUGCAAGAGAGAGGAGGCUGUUUUCUUUAGCCGUGUGUUGCUCAUGUUUCUGGAGAACACACAUGGCUUUCACUUUGAGGUGUGAAAUGGUCCGGCACUAUGAAAGACCCUUUCAGGAGCCGGCGAUGUGUUUAAAUCUAGAGCUGGAGAGCACAGACAUGGACUCGCAGCGGUCGGUUUCUCUCUCAGGGUUCAAAUACACACACGUCCCACAGCCGUCAGUUACUCUUCCUCCAUCCCAAUGAAGGUCACGUUGUAGAUCUCCAGAGCUCUCUCUCACACAGGCCGUCUUUCAGCAGUGAGUGUCUCUCUGUGAUCUCUCUCCUUUCUAUCGCUCUCUCCUCACUUUCUUUUUGCGUAUUUGUCGCACUGACACCUAACAACAGAAGAAUGAAUGUUUUAAUAGAACCGCGUGUAACGUUGAAGUUGGGAAAUGUAUUUUUACAACAUGUGAACUUUUUAUUCCUUUCUCUUUUUGUUGUGAAUUGACUUUUUUUUUUUCUCUCUCUCUUUCUCCCCAUCACCAGACUGCAAAAAAGUAAAAACCACAAAAAAAAGAAACACAAAACCUGUACCUAGGCUCUUAAGCUUUACUUUUGUUUUUGUUUACUUUUUUUAUUAGAAAACAAUCAUGUUUGUGAUGGUAAAUUCCACAAGGUAUUUUAAUAAAAUCCUAAAGAUUAAA